CUCGUGUCGGCAGGCGUCGCUGCUGGCGUCCUCUUUGGUUUGCAUCUCCAAGAACUUGUACAAGUUCGGGAUUAGGAAGUUUAUGUUCGUGGAUCCGCUUCAUGGAGAGGUUCAGAGGUUUCAGAACGAGUAUGUGAGAAAGAUUCAGGAUUUUUUUCGCUUGCUUCUUUGGUGGAUAUUACCAUGCUUUAUUAUAAAAACUGCUCGAGAAAUCAGCCGAUCUGUAUGCAUCUUUCAUGACUCAUUAUGGAGGUCUUCCGUGGUUUUGUUAGCUUCAGUUCUGUCAUGGGUGUACUUGACGGUGAUAUUUUUAUCAGCUUGCAUCUUGCUCAACUUGGUCUUUAAUUUGCAAGUCAUUCACUUUGAGGAUUACAGUAAACUUCCAGAAAGGGAUUCAGAUACUUUAAUAUUUCUGGAAGAGCAUGCUCGCCUACGUUAUAAUCUUUCAAAAAUCAGCCAUCGGUUCCGGAUAUUUCUCCUAUUAGUGUUCUCAUUUAUUUCAACUAGUCAGUGUGUGAUGCUUUUCCAAACUACAGGAUAUAGUGAAAAGGUCAAUUUUUUUAAUGCUGGGAAUUUGGCUGUAUCUUCUAUUGUUCAGGUUGUUGGUGUUGUCCUCUGCCUGCACUCAGCUGCUAAAAUUACACAUAAAGCUCAAGGAGUAGCAGCAAUAGCUAGCAACUGGCAUGCCUGGAUAACAUGCAGUUCUGAAUGUUCUCAUUCGAGAGGUGCAAAUGGCUCUGGUAAUUUGGGGUUUAUUCCAGCAAUUAGAAUGCCAAUGGUUUCAUCCGAAAGUGAUCUGGAGUCAUUAGACAAUGUUACAUUGCAUAAUACUGGUCAUAUGUCUCCUUAUUUGCCUUCAUACCACAAGAGACAAGCUCUCGUAUUAUACCUUCAGUCGAACCCGGGAGGAAUCACUAUCUUCGGGUGGGCAGUGGACCGAGGACUGAUUAACACGAUAUUCUUCAUUGAAUUGUCACUUGUGCUUUUUGUUCUUGGCAAAACCAUUGUCCUUGCAAAGUGAUCUUCCAUGAGUUUAACAUCAAUUCUGAUCCAAAGAGUUAGGAGUCAGACAUGCCGCAUGUUCUGCUUAAAUCUCCAUGUACUACUUGCCAAGAUGCGUAAAGUGGCAUGGUUCUCUGCCCGGAAAGCUCUACUUUCUUCAUGGCAAAGCAGAAACGUCAACCGAGGUGCAGCCCAAAGCGUGAAAUUAUAUACUUGGCCGCGGCUUUGUGUCAGGUGAAAAAUUCCCCAUCUUGUACACAGAAUAUAAAUGUAAAUUCCCAAUACAAAACUAUGAAUCCUGCUCCUGGUAGCCUGUGUUUUGUUAUUAGCCUUUCUUUAACUGCCUACAGAACAUCUCUGUUGGAUAUGUACAAGGGAGGCAACAGAUUAUAUAUCCCCUUUGUUCUUAAAAGUUGUUUAGCAUUGUGUAAAUCAAAGGCAGAGUUUUUUUCAUAUGUUGUUUUGUAUGUUACCCAAGUUUCGGAGAACUUUGUGAGACUCAAGUCGCACUAUAUUAUCCUUCUGUUUUGGAUCUC